AUGGGCUCGAUCCGAUUCCGCAGCGUGUCGUCCCCAGCGGCGGUGCUGCGCGGGAGGCGGUCGCAGGCACGCUGGGCUCGAUCAGCUUUCCCUAGCACGGAUUUGGCGGACGUUCUUGGCUUCAAUUUUACGAAUGUCUGGGGCUCUGUGUCACAAGCCGACGGUCUUGACGAUGCGCCCGUCGGUACCGACACCCCGUCCUCGAGCCAGAGCACUGAGGCGACCGAGGUAGAGGGCGAGAGCAACACCGCGAGGGAUGAGGCGCUUGCCACGCUCGAGCUCACACUGAUGCCGGCAACGGUUGAGGAGGUGGACGCGCACGUGGUGACCCUGCUCCGCCAGGCCAUGAAGGCCAUCACCGGCGCACGCAACGUCCUCCGCGUGAGGGUGCGGUCCUGGUGUGUCUUUGUUCAAUAA